CGCGGGCGUGGCCGUCGGCCUCGUAGCGUCCGCCUCGGGAUCCGUAGCAGGUGGACCAGCGGCCUCUCUCAGGCGGUGGGAGAGGACCGUAGGUGACCCCUGACCCCGGCCGGGUCACGUGCGUCGGGCAGGUGUGACGGUCGCGCCGCAGGUGUUUUGUCCCCCAGCCCCUGGGGCCCCGGUUUGCAGAACGCGCCUGGGACGCUGCAGGCAUCUUGUUGCGAAUGUGCAGUUAGGACCCCGGACACUCACGUUUUAGACCCCGUGGCCGGGGGGUGACCACCGGGACGUUGGACAGCGACUUGGUGGAAGUCGGAGGCCUGACCAGGGAGGUGCGGCUCUUUCGAAGACAGACAAAAACAUCUUUGGAAGUUUCUCUGCUGGAAAAAUAUCCUUGCUCCAAGUUCAUCAUUGCUAUAGGAAAUAAUGCAGUAGCAUUUCUGUCAUCAUUUGUUAUGAACUCAGGAGCCUGGGAAGAAGUUGGUUGUGCUAAACUCUGGAAUGAAUGGUGUAGAACAACAGACACUACACAUCUGUCCCCUGCAAAGUCCUUCUGUAUGUUUUAUCAUCUAAAAUCGAAUCCUUCGGUUGUCCUCUGUCAGUGCAAUUGCUACGUUGCUGAAGAUCAGCAGUAUCAGUGGCUAGAAAAGGUCUUUGGUUCUUGUCCAAAGAAGAAUAUGCAAGUAAUUAUUCUCACGUGUCGACAUGUUACUGACUAUAAAACUUCAGAAUCUACCAGCAGCCUUCAUUCUCCUUUCCUGAAAGCCCUAAAAACACAGAAUUUCAAAGAGCCUCCAUGCUGUCCACUGCUUGAACAACCAAAUAUUGUACAUGAUCUUCCUGCAGCAGUUCUGAGUUACUGCCAAGUGUGGAAGAUCCCUGCAGUUCUGUACUUGUGUUACACUGAUGUGAUGAAGUUAGACCUGAUCACAGUGGAAGCUUUCAGGCCUGUCCUUUCUUCCAGAAGCUUGAAAGGUUUGGUUAAGAAUAUUCCCCAGAGCACAGAAAUAUUGAAGAAAUUGAUGACAACGAAUGAGAUUCAGAGUAACAUUUACACAUGAUUCCAAAGAUUGCUUUGUAUCAAGUGUGUUAUUACCUAUGCGUUCCUUCAAGGGAAGCAGCAGUAUGGUUUUGUUGGUUACUUUUUUUUCAGGGGGGUACUUUGGAGGUGUUCAAACAGAAUAAACUUAUUUUAAAUUCA